CGCAGUAGUUCGUAUUGUAUACACGUGUUAUGAUAAAAUUAUAAAAGUUUGUUUACAAUUUAACUUUGAUUUUAUAAAAAAGUUAAUUAACCAUAUAAAACACUAAAAUGUCUGAAGGUACCAAAAGGAAGCUAGAAGAAAGUAAAGCAACUACAUUAGAAAAUGAAGAAGAAGAAGAAUGGGUUGGACCAUUGCCAUCUGAAGCUUCAGAUACUCCCGUAAAGAAAAAGAAACAAUUGCAGCAUGAACACUUAUUUUUGGAAAAUUUACCAAAUGCUGAAAGUUAUGAGAAAAGCUAUAUGCAUAGGGAUAUUAUAACAUAUAUAGCUGUUACGAAAACAGAUUUUUUAAUAACAGCAAGUAUCGAUGGUCACUUGAAAUUUUGGAAAAAGAUGGAAGAAGGCAUAGAAUUUGUUAAACAUUUUCGUAGUCAUAUAGCUCCAAUAUGUAAUUUAGCUGUAAAUAUAAGUGGAUCUUUAAUGUGUACAGCUUCAACCGACAAAUCGAUAAAAAUAUAUGAUGUAGUAAAUUUCGAUAUGAUAAACAUGAUUAAAUUAGAUUUUACUCCUCAUUGUGUAGAGUUCAUACAUUCACCUGGUGAUGCCAUACCAGCAUUAGCAGUAUCAAACAAAGAAUCAAAUGAAAUAAGUAUAUUUGAUGCACAUGGCACAAAUGUUGCAAUAAAAAUUCUGGAUACUUUUCAUAAGCAUCCCCUGUCUGUUAUGAAAUAUAACAAUACUUUCGAAACCGUAAUAUCAAUAGACUCUGCCGGAAUUUUGGAGUAUUGGAUGAAUCCGAAACAUGAUUAUAAAUUUCCAUUAAAAAUUGUUCAUUUCGAAUCGAAACUAGAUACGAGUUUGUAUGAAUUCGUUAAAAUUAAAACUAUUGUGUCAGGUUUAGGUAUAACACCAAAUGGUAAAAAGUUUGCUACUAUGUCAACAGAUAGAAAAGUCCGUAUUUUCGGUUUUUUGAGUGGGAAACUCCUAAGAGUUUUUGAUGAAACUAUUGCUCGUCUCACUGAGUUUCAACAAAAAACUCAAACAUUACCAAAUAUGGAGUUUGGAAGAAGAAUGGCAGCUGAACGUGAUUUAGAAAAGACAGAUUUUUUUACAAAUAUUAACUGUCAGUUUGAUGCAACUGGACAUUUUCUUAUUUAUACUACUAUGUUUGGAAUUAAAAUAAUUAAUGUAGAGACAAAUCGUUGUGUACAUAUUUUAGGAAAAAGUGACAAUUUACGACCUUUACAAGUUGCACUUUUUCAAGGAAAAGUGAAACGAUCAAAAGCCGCAAUAACUUUAGAGCAGGAAGCUUCUGAUAAUCCAACUCUUCAAUCAGUCUCAAGCGAUCCAAUAAUAUUUUGUACAGCAUACAAAAAGCAGAGAUUUUUUAUAUAUUCAAGAAGGCUUCCUUCUGAUUUGCAGGACGUUGAUCGUGACAUUUUCAAUGAAAAACCAUCUAAAGAAGAUAUAAUUGCUGUUCCAGAGAGUCAAGCUAUACAAAGGAUUUAUGAAUCAGCUAUUUUACAUACUACAUUUGGAGAUAUUCAUAUUAAACUAUUUGAAAAAGAAUGUCCCAAAGCCGUUGAAAAUUUCUGUGUCCAUAGUAAAAAUGGUUAUUAUAAUGGUCACAUAUUUCAUAGAGUUAUUAAGGGUUUUAUGAUUCAAACCGGAGAUCCUACAGGGACUGGCACAGGAGGCCAAUCUAUAUGGGGUUCAGAUUUCAAAGAUGAAUUUGUCCCUACUUUGAAACACGAUAGACCGUACACUGUAAGCAUGGCAAACUGCGGUCCAAAUACUAAUGGCUCACAAUUUUUUAUAACUGUUCUGCCAACUCCGUGGUUGGAUAACAAGCAUACAAUAUUUGGUAGAGUCGUAAAAGGGAUGGAAGUUGUCCAAAAUAUUUGCGCAGCAAAAACUAAUCCUAAAACAGACAAGCCUUAUGACGAUAUUAAAAUUAUAUCAAUUUAUCUCAGUAAUUAA